AUUCGCCAAGUGCAGACGACCAAUAUGAAAGUCGUAUUUUGGUCUCGUGAUCAAGUGUUUCGAUUCAGAGGGUUUUGUGCCAUUUCCUGGCAUUCUCAUCAUUGUGGUUAAAAAUAGUUGAUUUUGGCUGCAAAGCCCGAAAUUUUUCACAUUUAUUUUCAAACCCCGCCAACCGCAGUUUAUUUUUCUUAUUUGACAGUGCAAAUGCUAUCUUUGUUGUAAUACGAUGCAUCAUAUGCAUUAAGAAGCAGUAUCUACAUCAACAAGAUUUAAAGUAAACUCAUUUUGUGGAUAGUACAACACAAAACAGUUUUCCGCGUUUUUACCUUGGAACUGUAUGGUUUGCACUUGGCGGGGUUUGCAUUUCGACGGCUCAUAUAUGGAAAUACCACAAUGGACCACGAUGUUUUGCCCUGACUAGCGCUAUCCUUCUCGUUUCGCAUUCUAGCCGCAAUGAAUUUGCGUUACGCCUAUUCCAUCAGUGUUGACAGUUCAUUGGAUUUUUACUCGUUCACAAAUAUUUUCGUGUAAUUGAUUUGACCAUGGAGGUUUUGACCAUUUCUUCUGAAGAGUCAACAAAUGGUGACUGUCCAGCAGAAAAGAAAUUGAACUUAGUGGAUGAGAACGGCUCAACUGAUACUUCCAUCCACGAGAAUUUAAAGGAUUUGUCCAACUUCGCAGUGAAAGAAAUCUUACAAAACAACACAAACAGAAAAGUCACAUGUUUGAGAGGUAGUUUUAGUUCCCAUCCUGGAGAAGCUGUGGUCGUUCUAGAAAAGCCGGCCUUUUCUGAAGAAAUUCUCAAAGAUUACUUCAAAGGAAAAGAUAAUCUAACCAAAUCGUUUCAUAACGAUAUUUAUGGAGAUUACCGGUACAAUCCGUCCUCCGAUCUCAAUGCUGUGAAAGCAACAGUUAUACAUCCUGCUACUGAAAAGACUAUACAACGAUAUACAUCUCAAAAGCACUAUAUGAUAGAGGAAUCACCAAAAAUCUAUAAGGACAUUAUCUUACCAAAUCUAGCUGAAGAAGAAGAUCAUUUACAGUGGGUAUAUAAUAUUCUUGAACACAAAUCUGAAGCAGACAAAAUUGUUGUUGAAGAUACUGACCCAAAUGAUGGAUUUGUCAUGGUACCUGACCUAAAGUGGAGUGGAGAAUUAGAUACACUGUAUUUGUUGGCUAUUGUGAACAAAAAGAAUAUAAAGUCACUGAGAGAUCUCACAAGUGAACAUUUGCCGUUGCUGAAGAAUAUUAAAGAAAAAGGAUCAGAAGCGAUCAAAACCAAAUACGGCAUAGAAAAACAUGAGCUUAGAGUUUACUUGCAUUACCAGCCGACCUUUUAUCACCUGCAUGUACAUUUUUGUGUAUUAAGACAUGAAGCACCUGGUAUAUUAGUUGGGAAGGCUCAUCUACUGUCUGAUGUUAUAAGCAACUUGGAAGUAGCUCCUGAUUACUACCAGAAGUCAACCAUAAGUUUUGUUAUGCCCGAGAACCAUAGGUUGUUUGAAAAGCUCAAAACUGCUGGCAUUUUAGAGACAUAGUCAACAUGUAUGAGCUGAUCAUUCUGGAGAUAAGACCAAGACUUUGCAGUGUCAACGGGUUUGUUAAGUUUUCAAAAAGACCAGAUGAUGUCAAAGUGUCCUUAGAUGAUGAUUUGAAAUUAGUUUUUAAUAGAAGAGAGAAAAAGAUACCAUGUCAGUUCACUGGUAUAGUAAAAAAUAGCUUAACAGUCAAAGUCAAUGAUACUCAUGUAAUUUUUCGGUUUGCUACAAAAAAUGAUGCAUCUGGUAGUUUUAAAACUGAAGUUCUCCAGAACACUGCCACAAAUUUCAAGUUUUCUCAUGACAAACCUUUGUUUUCUGCAAAUACCUCCUACACUUGUCUCUGUGGGAAGUGUAAAACUCCUCUAACAAAUCCACUGGUAUUUGAAAGAAUUCUGCCUUUGCCUUCUGACAACUCUGAUCCAAAUGAGUGGUUUUGUCAUAGAUCUGAUGUCGGUAAUAACUUUAAUCUAGAUCCAAAACCAUCGGAUAUUUUUUAUACGCAUUGUUUAGUUCAUUUGAAUAUACAAAAUAUUCAAAACGUGGAUGAAACUGGUAAAAUUGUGUUUUGUAAAUCUUGUCAGGAUUGGUUAGGGCUUAAAUACAAUGAUAACACAGCCAAAUUUUGGUUGAACACUGUAGAGUUCAUUAGUGAUAAUAAUUUGGUAUCAACGUCGAGUCUGCAAGACGUUUUUAACGUUAUCAAUAGUGUCUUUCAGCAAAAACUGCAGAGUUCUGUAAAGAUAAUGCUUUGUUGCCAAACUACCAUAAAUAACAUUGAAGCCGUUUUAUUGUGGAUAUUGGAAAAAAGGUUAGAAGUAUUUUAUGACAAUUCCAGAGAAGAGAAGAAAUGUGACGUUGCAAAGGUUCUAUUCAAAUCCGUUGAUAAUCAUGACAAUAUUUUGACCAGUGGAAAAAUGAUCUGAUGGUUGAUACAAUAGAUGUCUCGAAGAGCAUGAUUUUGAGUGUCUCGAAUCACCUGGCAGAGUGUAACAGAGCUCUGCCUGAUGAAUUUGCCAAGUCUAAUGAUUUUAAUGUAUCCUAUUUGUUUAUGUAUGAUGGUUGCACCAUUUAAUUUUAAGUUUUAUUCUCUAGGUUUAGCCAGAUAAAUGUUAGGUGUUAGAUAAUUUCUGAAUUUUCUUUCGUUUUGAAUAUGUUUUGUCUUCUAAUUAUUUUGGAUGAGAAAAUAUUUGAAACUUAUCCUAUGGUUUUUAUACUGAUCCCCAUGUGCAUGUGGUUUUGUUUGGUCGGACAAGCAUGGGGGUUAUAAAAGUAUUCCAGGUAUAUGGUUUUAGUGUCCUAAGAUUAAAGCAGUGUUUCAAGGUUGAGGUGAAUAUCCUCAAUUUUAAGACUUGAUAAUUAGUCUAAUCAUAUUAGCAAAUUUCCCCGAAAUAAUUGUAAAGUCACGUUUUAUUGGUGCAAGUUGUUCAAGGGGGUAUUUAAAACAUGGAUGCAUAAAAUGGGUACAAUAAUUUUUGUGGGAAAACCUUUUAUUUGACGACAAAGAAUGAGAAAACGUAUUUUUUGGGAUUCAAUCGAAAGUUUUUACAGGAACAAAAGAACUUUUCAUAUAAGAUUUUUAGGUAUUUACGAGACGUACAGAAUGAGACCACAGCCGAUGCAAAAUGCAGGUUUUGCCGCUUGUUGGUAAUGCGACGAUAAUUUCACGCAACUACUUGAAAUUCUUCAAAUCCGUAGGAUUCAUUCUUCUAAAUAACAACAAAAUUGGAGUAUUUUGGUCAUAUUGAUGUUUUUUUUAAUUUUCUAAUUUUUCAUCCCAAAACGCCUGUUUUCCUGCCAUCACUUCUAGUUUAUUGAGCAAUAUUCAGGGCUCUUUCAAAGAGCAUUUAAUAGCAAAAUACACUUGUUUACCUUGCCGAUAUGAAUCACAAGCUAUUCCGAAAGCUAAAUGUUAUUUUUAUGCGAAAAACAAAGGUUACGUACUUUACAAAUAAUUCGCAAACCAGGGGUAUUUUCGUCUAAUAUGAUUAGACUAAAUUACGGAUUAAUUUUUAUGUAACUUAUAAUGCAGUGUAUUAGAUUAAGUUCAACCCUAAUAAAGUUUCGAUAAAUAUUUUCAGUUCUUUCAUUGAUUUCUGAUUUUAUUCCUCUCAAAUGUUCGUUCCUUCCGUGCAAAAUGAUGUUAGAGCGAACCUCUCAGAAAACUCGGAAAAUUUUCAAUGUAAGGGGCAGAUUAAAAAAAAAACAAGUUUGUACAAAAU